AUGGCAGUCCAAUUAUCCCAAUCCACGGACCAUCACAAAGCGCGAGGAACAUGGGCCAUUGAAGAAAGAAGUGGACAUGCACUGUGUAACAACACACAAGAAGCCAAUUUGAGGCUGCAGUCGCCGUCAGCGACGACGACGACGCCAUGUACAAGUGACCUUUAUCUGCCCCUUCCUUUUCCGGAAUGUGACGGUGACAACCACGGGACCAAUGUCACGGAGACGAUACCUCCCCCCCCGCUGGACCGUUGGCAAUGCGUUCGUCUCCCCUCGCAAAGUGACAGCGAGACGGGAGUCAACCUUCAUUCGUCGCUGCUAAACCCAAGAAGAGCGGGAGUUCAUUGGGAUGUAUUGGAUUCGAAUGGAAGGGUAGCGGAGUGGUUGAAGGAACGCUGGCAUCCGGUGAAGGAUUUGGCGAGUCGUCCAGCACUUCCCUCAAUGUCGGUAGUGCAUCCGUGGUUACCGUGGCCUAUCACUGUCCAUGCGUCUGGAAUGGAUUCGAGGGGAGUUACGGUUGCUGAUGUCCUCCUGGCAGUUUCGAGUAAUCUAAUGAUUCCAAUCGAUGAAACGGGGAGGACUAGAAUGUGGUAUUUGCGAGGAAGACAGAUGUUCGUUGGUUUGCGGACGAGCGAGAUUGGGGGUGAUGUAUGGGAGUUGGUUGUAGCGUAG